GUUCUGUGAACGACAUGCAUUUGCAUUCUUUAAAAAGUUAUUUUUUAUUUUUUGGCAAUUUAUUUAUUUUAGUUUUGUAUUUUCUUUUCAAACAAAUAAGUACAUAAAAUAAAUAUUUGCAAUCUUAAAUAUCUCCUAUAGAUUAUGCUGUAUGCAUAACGCCUGGAGUAUGAGCAGCAACAUAAAGGUGCAAAGAAAAUGAUUUCAAGUUGAAAUCUGAUAUUUCAUUUUAUUGAACCAUGGGUUCCAUGAGGCCUACUGGCAGGUUCCUCUCAUUCACCAACAACAUCCAGCGGACACAGAAACAACAAGUUCCAGGUGGCUUCCCACAAAGCCUGUCUGGUAGUGAGACAGAUGUGUCCACAUCUAACGAGAACUUGUCGAGAGAGGAGCGGUAUGUGGUGCGCCACACAACCAGGGUGGAGCCGCAGGGGCAGGAGACACAGGCACAGUCGCCUAAUACUAAUAACAGGAAUUCGUUGAAGGAGAGUGUAACAAGCAGCAACCGCAACUCUCUGAAGGAUUCAGUAGGUGGCGGCACCAACAGCAACCGGAGCUCUCUGGACGUGUCCUCCUCGUCGUACAACACCCUCAUCAUACACAACCAGGAUGACUCCUGGCCACCUCGACCCACUCCUAUACGAGAACAUGAACGAACAACCAGUGAAGUGAAACACCCGGCCUCUCAAUCAUCCCCGUACCACACUCUGAAAAAGAAUGAAGGAGGGAAGAAACCCAGCGGCAUACCGCUCCCGAAGAUACACAAGGAACAAGUGCAAGUGUCGGCCAACUACAUCGACAUUGGGGGGCAGAGGAUCUACACCAGCCCACCUGAUCAUGGAGUUCAGGAGAUUACCGAAAUACCAGACGACUUCCUGAACCAGUCAUCAGUACUCAAACACUUAGCCAAGGAGGUGGCGAAGUCCCCCUCCCCGCACGGGCCCACCCCGCCGCCCUCCCCGCGCGCGCCCUCCGCCUCCCGCGAUGAGAGAAGCAAGGGCAAGUCGAAGGCCAAGCUGAGCAAGGAGAAGCUGAAUUUGUCAAGGUCUCAGCCUGAUUUGACUAGCGUGGGCGUCCGAGCCGUCCCCGGCGGUUCAGAGUCGAGCGGCUGGUGCAGCGGCGGCGAGGGCUCGCUGGAGGAGCCCGAGGACGCGCUGGCGGCCGUGCUGGACGCGCUGGCGGCCGAGAACCAGCAGCUGAAGCGGCAGCUGGCGGACGCGGGGGAGCGCGGCGCCAAGACCAGCAAGUUAGAAGAAGAAGUGGAAAAAGUACGAACAGCCCACGAAGAGUUAGUGGCAUCGUGCGAGCGUCGCGAGAGGCUGGAGCGGGCGGCGCGCGCGCGCCUGCAGGCCGACUGCCGCCGUCUGCACGACCUCAAUACUGCCUUGAAGCAACAGGUGGAGCUCCUAUCUCAGGGCGUGCGCGCGGAGGGCGAGGGCAACGCGGAGGCGCUGCGCAAGGAGCUGCAGAACCGGGAGAUGCUCAUCGCGCAACUCAUCACACAGAACAAAGAGCUGGCCUGCGCCAAGGAGCGCCAAGAGAUCGAGAUGGCGGCGCAGCGGGCUACUCUACAGGAGCAGAGAACACACAUCGACAUACUGGACACGGCCUUAACUAAUGCACAGGCUAAUGUCGUCAGACUUGAGGAUGAGUGUCGGCACGCGAGCGGCUACGUGGAGCGCGUGAUGGGGCUGCAGCGCGCGCUCGGCUCUAUCCAGCAGGCGUCCGACCGCCGCGAGCUCACCGAGCGCAAGCUGAGGGCACAGCUGGAGAAGGAACUGCAGACUCUCAGGAAGCGCGAGUGCCUCUGCGGCGGCACCUCCACCGGCGGGUCCGAGGCAGAGCUGCGGCGCCAGCUGCGGGAGCGCGACGAGCGACUACUGCAACUGGAGGGCGAGGGCGCCAAGUGGGAGCAGCGCUACCUGGAGGAGGCGGCGCUGCGCCAGGCCGCCGUCUCCGCCGCCUCCAUACCCAAGGACGCAAAGAUCGCGGCAUUGGAGAAGACGUCAGCGGAGUCUGAGCGGCUGAUGGCUGAAGCGCGCAACGAGAAGAUACGACACAUGGACGAACUGCACUCCGCACAGAAGAAAGUCGCCGAUCUAGAGGGCAGAGUGAAAGAGCUAGAAUCCAAGGUGGCGGAGCGCGACGCGAUGAUCAAGGUGCUGCAGAAGCACACCACGUCGGCGUACGACGGCGGCGCCUCGCUGAGGAACAACUCCAGUCGAGAGGAACUCGUGGGCCUCUCCUCCGGAGCAUCAUUCUCCAGUGCCGAGGGAGUGGGCAGCUCGGGCAGCGUCGCCGGCCGCUACCGGCACCUGGCGCGCCGGAACUACUCGCCUGCUAAUGACAACUCUAGCGGUUGCGGCUACGACAGCACAUCCCUCCGUCUGGACGAGCAGCUGGCAGCCCUGGAGUCCCGCCUGGAGCGCCCGCCCGUGCCGGCCCGGGGGCUGUGCUGCUUCCCGGGUCUGGGGGCGGUGGGCGCGCGCGGGGGCGGGGGGCGGGGUGAGGAGGCGCUGCUGCUGGAGCGGCAGGGGCGGGCCUCGCAGCAGACGCGGUCGAGCAGCCUGCCGCCGCCGCCCUCGGCACUGCCACGGCCGCCGCGCAAGCCGUCCACUAGGAACACGCGCUAUGACCGCCUCGAACAUUCAAGGGAUGGACGCAAGGACUCGGACGGGUCGGGUUCGAUCGCGUCGACGGCGUCGCGCGGCUCGCCGCUGCCGUACGACGCGGUGCGCAAGCUGCCGUCGGUGCCCACGUCGGCGUCGCUGCCGGCCGCCGAGUCCCGCGAGUCCCUGGUGCGGCCCCGCGACUCCAGCCUGCCCUCGCCCUCCAAGCUCGCCGUCUACGCCGCCGCCCGCCGACGAUCCGCCGAAACAACCAAGGACAGCAAAGGAAGACACCACUACCGCAUCCAGUUUUAGACUCCGUAUUCUCUUUUAGACGCGUCUCUGAGUUCGUCCAGUCUAAAAAUAGACCGCAAGGUUUACCUUUAUGUCACUUUAUUUUAUACGCUGUACGUGGCAAUAUUUCCGGAGUGCCAGUCCCACAGCGGCGAGCGGAAAUUGCGAGUAGCGACCAUUCAGCGGCUCGCGUCGCCCGCCCGGUGAGAAUCUUUAACAAAGCAUGAAUGCGGUUUACAUUUUUGCGGUCAAAGUCACAUUAUGUGUUCCUUCUGCGGAAUUAGGAUUAAGUCGCCUUAAUAUUUUCAACCACAAAUUCGAGGUAAUAUUACAGAAAUUCGUAUGGACUAAGGAUAAAGAAAGUCCAUCAUACAAAUGCCUUAUUUUAAUUGCCGUUUACAGCAAUAUCGUCAUUACAUUACCUAAUCAUGUCCAAUUUACGAUACAUAAGCCAUCCAACAACACAUUUGAAGGAUUUUUUGCCACAGGUUCUACGUAAAUUAUGAAUAAGUACCUACUUAUGUGAAAAAAGAAUAACCAUCGAUGUGGAAAGAUUAGACAACACAAAUUUAUGUCCAUAAAUGCUUUAUGAGAAAUCCUUGUAAGUAAUCUCCCGAACAUUUUUACGUCAUAAAUCGCCUAUAUAGAAGCGUAAAGACCUCGGUAAUGGAAACUAAUAAUAGGUUAGUCUCGACAUUACCCUGGCAACGCCGGUCGAUAUGAGCGUACCUACAUAUAUUUCAUCCAGCUUUAUGGUAUAAUUUACGUGCAUUUAAUGUCCGUUUAGUGGAGUUGUGUUAUGAACUGAUUCAAGUCUGACCAAUUUAGAUGCUUUGGCUAUGGCCCAUGCACUUACUUUGUCUUUUUAGCGUCGUGUGCAGGAUAUUGUUCAAUCAUUUGCUAUUCUCCAUACUUAUAAAUUGGUUGUCACCUUCAAAUUCUGGCCUGUAUGCUCUGUAUAGUCUUUGAUAUUAAAUCUUAUCUGUGCCUCGCCCAGCCUCUACCUAUAUGAGUGCAAACGCGUGCAAAUUAUUAUUUAGUUUCAACAACUCACUUCAUUGUAUUACAUCUUGUCUGAUGCCCUUGUGUGAUUGAUUGGUCAGAUUUUAGCGAGUGCUUGAUCGAGUCAAGGAUCACCACUCCCGUAGCUGUAUUCAGUGCAUCUUGCAAGUAACGCUCGGUAAUCGUUGCAUCUGUUUUCGAGAGGAAAUCGUUUGUACUACGGUGAGUCAGGUUAUUUGCACUAUGUAGAUACUUAAGUUUAAAUGUAGCCUUUAUCAAUAGCAUCCCGACUUGUCUAUUAAAUAUAAUAAAAUCCUUGGAAAACC